CACGACGGCGUUCCUCCCCACUGAUCCUCUCCAAUUAGUCUGCGAACCUCUCAAUCCAGACACGAUGUCGGUGCCGCGCUUCUUUUCGCAGCCCCUCAAGUACCUGCACUGGGCUUCCAUCGAGAAACCCGCCAUCUUCUACUCCAUCAUCGUUGGCAGCAUUGGUCCCGUUCUUGUUCUCACAGUACCAAAGAUCAGACACCGCUUGGGCGAUGGGCCGAGACCCCCGAUUCCCUCGACAUAUCCUAUUCCCGCGGGUCCAAGGAAACAACUGAGCGGCUACGAUGAUUAGAGGCUUGGGGUUGUAGAUAUGGUGUUGGGGAAUCCAAAGAGUGGUUGACAAGGGAACUGUUGUUUGUACAUAAGGUUGGGAAAGCAUACUUGGUGUGGAA